UGGGAUCCUCUGUCUUGGCGUCCUCCUUGCCCUUGGUGUGGUCAUGCUGAUUGCCCUGUGUCCGGCACCUUCAGUUCCGUGAGAGAGAAUCCGCUGGUGCCUCGUGUGUCUGCAGCCGCAGCCUGAGGUCGUCACAGCCGGGAGAGCCCACUGCCGCGAAAGGAAAUGAAGGGAUGUUUCCCGUUCAUGGGAAACGCGGCGGCUGCAGCGAAAUCCGGCGCGGCGGCAACUGCUGGAAAGCGGUUCAAGCCGGGCAGCGGCUUCCUGCUGACUGCGGACCCCUGUAGGGAUCCUGGCUGUAUUUUCAGGGAAAGCGGUCCCUCAUCCCCUCCUCCCGCCUCCUCCCGCCCGCACGGACAGGAAACCUUCGGUGUUUAGAGGUUUCUAAACGUCCUUCGCCGAUGCCACUUCAACACCUAGCGGAAAGGCAUUCCUGCUCCUCUCACCUCACAAAUAGACAGACCAGGGAAUCUGGAAGGAGGCUGCUUAGAUAAACGAGGGCCAGCUCUCCUUCUCUGCGGAGCAAUACCCACAGCCUUUCCUUUUCAACAGGACCGCAUAAAUGUAAAGGAAUACGCUCAUGUUUACAACCGUCAGAGUUGUAGCAGGUGACAAUGAAGGGAAGCGUUAAUCAAUAUAUUAGAAAUGAAAAUAUGAUCAGCGUUUAAAGCCUGGGCCCCGUUAAUGAUUUUACAAUACAAAAGAGCACUGAAGUAUGAAUCGGGAUGGGCAGCGUCAUUCACAACAGGGCAAGAGAAAUACAGGAAGACCGGUGCAAUUUCCAAAAGGCAUUAAAAUGUUAGGACACAGGGUGUCGCUGUUCACCGCAAAAAAUAUCUUAAGUGGGAAGGGAAAACGCAGCUCCUCCCUUAUUCCGAGUUGAUAGUUCAGUCCGAGUGCAGGGGAGGAUGGCGGAAUAAUUCCGGAGGCCAUUACAGUCGGUGUCCUGGAUUACCAGCCACGCAAGAGCCAUUUGGUGUAACACCGCUCGGACCUGCCAUGUCGGCGCCCAGACUAGGCGGCCCGGCGGGGAGGCAGCUGCUGCGUCUGGUGCUGCUGCAGGCGGCCUGGGCGGCGGGGAGCGGCCCGCUGCAGUACUCGGUGCCGGAGGAGGCCAAGGCCGGCACGCUGGUGGGUCGCCUGGCCCAGGACCUGGGGCUGGAGGCCGGGGAGCUGGCGGCGCGGAGGCUGCGGCUGGUGUGGAAGGGCGGGCGCGACUCGCUGGAGGUGAAGGCGGAGAGCGGGGCGCUGGUGGUGCAGUCGCGGCUGGACCGGGAGGAGCUGUGCGGCCAGAGCGCGCGCUGCGCCCUGCACCUGGAGGUGCUGGUGGACAAGCCGCUGCGGGUGUUUCACGUGGAGGUGGAGAUUCAGGACAUCAACGACAACGCGCCCGUGUUCCCGAUAAAUGAGGAAUCUUUAUUUAUUGCCGAAUCGAGACUGCCGGGCUCGCGCUUCCCACUAGAAGUCGCGUCUGAUGCGGAUAUCGGCAUUAACGCCCUGCUCAGCUACAAACUCAGCCCCAGCGAAUAUUUCUCUCUGGAUGUACAGAAUAAAAAUGAGAAACGUCAGUCCGCAGAACUUGUGCUAAGUAAGUCUCUCGACCGCGAGGAGACCCCCGUGCACCACUUGCUCCUGACGGCGACUGAUGGGGGCAAACCGGAGCUGACGGGCACUGUUCAGCUGGUGAUCACGGUGCUGGACGUGAACGACAACGCGCCCGUGUUCAGCCAGGCGGUUUAUGAAGUGAGUUUGCCGGAGGACGCAGCUAACGGGACCUUAGUCAUAAAUCUGAACGCCACAGACUUGGACGAAGGGGUUAAUGCGGAGGUGCGUUAUUCGUUCAGGAGCUUGGUCGGAUCCAGGGUAAAAGAAAAAUUCAGCAUAGAUUCGCGCAGCGGAGAGAUCAAAGUGAAAGGAGCAUUGGAUUUCGAGGACAUGAAUCUGUAUGAAAUUCACGUCCAGGCCGCGGAUCAGGGUCAAGCUCCCCUGUCCGGACACUGCCGCGUUGUGGUGGCGCUUGUGGACGUGAACGACAACGCGCCGGAGCUGUGGGUGACGCCGCUGUCGGUGCCGGUGGCGGAGGACGCGGCGCCGGGCACGGUGGUGGCGCUGAUCCGCGCGCGGGACCGGGACUCGGGCGCCAACGGGGCCGUGACGCUGUGGCUGCGGCCCGAGGCGCCGUUCCGGCUGGUGUCGAGCUUCCGCGACUCCUACUCGCUGGUGCUGGCCGAGGCGCUGGACCGGGAGCGCGUGGCGGCCUACGAGGUGGAGGUGCGGGCCCGCGACGCGGGGGCGCCGGCGCUGGGGGCCAGCAGCCGCCUGGCCGUGCCGGUGGCGGACGUGAACGACAACGCGCCCGCCUUCGCGCAGGCCGUGUACACGGCGUUCGUGCGGGAGAACAACGCGCCGGGCGCGGCGGUGCUGACGGUGCGGGCGCGGGACGCGGACGCGGGCGAGAACGGCGCCGUGAGCUACUCGGUGGCGGGGGGCGGCGCGCAGGGCAGGCCGGCGUCCAGCCUGGUGGCGGUGGAGGCGGCGAGCGGGCGCGUGCGGGCGCUGCAGCCGCUGGACUACGAGGAGGUGCAGGUGGUGGAGUUCGAGGUGCGGGCGCAGGACGCGGGCUCGCCGGCCUUGUGGGGCCGCGCCACGGUGCAGCUCUUCGUGCUGGACGCCAACGACAACGCGCCGGCCGUGUGGGCGCCGGCGGCGGGCGCGGCGCCCCUGCUGGUGCCGCAGUCGGCGGGCGCGGGGCAGGUGGUGGCCAAGGUGCGCGCCGUGGACGCGGACUCGGGCUACAACGCGUGGCUGCGCUACGAGCUGCAGGAGCCGCGCGGCGCCGGGCCCUUCCGCGUGGGGCUGUACAGCGGCGAGGUGCGCACGGCGCGGCCCCUGGACGAGGCGGACGGGCCGCGCCACAGCCUGGUGGUGCUGGUGCGCGACCACGGCGAGCCGGCGCUCUGCGCCACGGCCACGCUCAGCGUGUCGCUGGUGGACAGCGCGCAGGCCUCGGCCGCGGCGGCGGGGGCGGCCCGAGCGGCGGCGGCGGCCGGAGCGGCGGCGGCGGCGGCGGCCGGGCCCGACGGGCCGCUGUCGGAGCUGAACGCCUACUUGAUCCUGGCCAUCUGCGCCGUGUGCGGCCUCUUGGUGCUGGCGCUGGGGCUGGCGGCGGCGCUGCGGUGGCGGCCGCGGGCGGCGGUGCUGUGCGGCCCGGGCCAGGCGGCGCUGGUGUGCGCCAGCGAGGUGGGCAGCUGGUCGUACUCGCAGCGCCACAGCCGCCAGCUGGGAGGCGGCGAGGCGGCGGGCAAGGCCGACCUCAUGGUGUUCAGCCCCGGCUGCCCGCCCGCCGCCGCCGCCGGCAGUGCGGACAAGAAGACGGGAGGCGGCGGCGCCGGCCCGGAUGGAAGCGCAAUGGUGAGAUGUCUUUAUUCGCCUCUUUCCUUGCACGGCUCCCAGAUUGCUUCCCCUCUCCCGGAGCGCGCCUCAGGCGGAGCGGCUUCUCCCGCGUUUCGCUCCAUGGUUGCAUUGAUCAUUUGCUUGAGAUUUCCGUUGUAUGUUUGCAGAUUAAUGCUCCAACGCAAAACCCUACAGAGUAAAUUUUACCAUGUGGCCUUUCCUUAGAAGAUCUUUUGACCCCCGUUGUCCUUAAAUGUUUCUUGGAAGGAAGGCGUUCCAAUUUUCAGCCUUGAUCAGAGGCCCCAUUCUUGUGUUUUGUUAAUUCAUUGGUUGAUUGAUUGAUUGAUUGAUUGAUUGUUGCCGGAGAGCGGCCACGUGGUGUUCCUUAGAAAGAGGCGAUCACUCUUUCUACUUCGAGCAGAGUAAUAAUUAUUCUUGCGGGUUCAUUUUCUCUGAUGAGGACCCAUAAUAUACACAUUGAAGAAAGUUGCUUGUAUUUAUGUAAUGGGUUAUUGGAGCUUAUUUUUUUUACAAAGAAAGUGUCAAUCUUAAUUCCUUAUUAUUAGACCUCACUUGUUCCCAACUGGUAGGUUGUGUACCAGUUACCUGUAUUUUAUAUUUUCCUGUGCAAUGGUUCUAAUGCAAGUUAUCAGAUACACGUCUUGUCCUUUUUUUCAGUUUCCCAGAAAGUCUAUUCCUUCUUAGUAUCCGUUAGCAGUGCGUUGCAGAGGUAGCUUGUGUGUGGUCUAAACCUCAAUUUUCUUCCUCAAUUUUAUCUAAUAUCACCUCCCUCUCAUAUUUCAGAAGACUUCUCUGUCCUUUGUGUGAAUUAUGCAUGUGCCCUCAUCCUGAGUUCUUUGCCUUAUUUCCUCCCUGAGCAGCCUUACUCAUUUUAGUAUUUCUUCCUGUAGAAAUCUUUUUAUGAUGAUGUAUUUUUUGCCUGGGUUUUUGAGGCCCUGUUUUAAACUGAAUUUUCCCAUUGAAAAUUUGAACCGAAAUACUGUUGAUUGAAAUCCUACUUUCAGUGGUUAUUGUUAUGUUUUAGGUAGCCAUGUAGAUGCUACCAUGUAGCAUCUACAUGGUAGAUUAGAUUAGGCUACGGCUGAGAUGCUUUGUCAGCUGCUUUUAAGUUAUGCUUGCAUCUGCGAGAAAGUAGAAAUUAUUACCACAGUGAAAUAGUUCUAAAUUUACCUUUCCCUGGAUAAUGUAAGUGUCAGAAUAAUUUUCUAAUUACACAAACACUAAAAAAGUUAACACAAGCUGACACUUUUUUUGCAUAACUGAUUUGCAAGACAACCAGCUAUAGCAGAGAAAUGCCUCUGAAGGCAUUAAAAUUAAAUGACAGUUACUUUUGUUUUGAGCUAGUACUUGAAGACGUAACCAAAGCAUAAGUUUGCUAUUGGUAGUGAACCAAUGGCAGAGUUAUUCCUGAAACAGCCGUACAAUAACUACUCUUCCCAUUUUUUAACCUGUCUACUUCAUCGAUACAUUUUAGGUAAUAACAUUUGUGGAAGAAAGUAUUAGAGAUUUUUAUGAUAAUGGGUUUCUGUUUCAGAAAAUAUUGCAGUUCUCUGCCUGCUGUCAACUAAUACAUAUGAUAGGAUCCAAUAUAAAAUGCUUCAGUGUUUGCCUUUUUUGUCUUGGUCGUUUAAUCUAGUCCAACCCUUCCUUAAAGCAGGACCAGCCCCAACUAGAUCAUUCCAGGCAAAGCGUUGUCUAGCUGGGUUUUGAAACCCCACAGGGAUGGAGCUUCCACCACCUGUCUGGGUGACCUGUUCCAGUGUUUUACUAUCUCUCUUAGUGAGAAAAUUCUUCUGAAUUUCUAACCUAAACUUUCCUUCCUGCAACUUGAGACCAUUGCUCCUUGUUCUGUCAUCUCCCACCACUGAGAACAGUCUAGCUCCACACUCCUUUGAACCCCCCUUCAGGUAGUUGAAGGCUGCUAUUAAGUCUGCUCUCAGUCUCCUCCUCUCUAGACUAAAUAAACCCAGUUCUCCUAGUCUUUCCUCAUAAGAUAUGUCCCCAAACCCCUCACCAUUUUUGACCCUCCACUGGACUCUCUCCCAUUUGCCUACAUCCUUUUUGUAGUGGGGAGUUCAACACUGAACACAAUAUACCAGAUGUGGCCUCACAAGUGCUGAAUAGAGGGGAAUAAUUACUUCCCUUGAGUACUUGCAAAACACCUACAAAUGAAGCCCAGUAUGCCACUGGCUUUUUUUUUUGGCAACUGGGGCACACUUCUGGCUUAUAUUCAGUUUACUGUCCACUGUAACCCCCAGGUCCUUUUCUGCAGAGCUGCUGCCCAGCCAGUCAGCCCUCAGCCUGUACUGGUGUACAGGAUUGUUCCAUCCUAAGCGCAGGACUUUGCACUUGUCCUUGUUGAACCUCAUGAGGUGCCUUUUGGCCCAAUCCUCCAAUUUGUCUUGGUCACUUUGCAUCCUAGCCCUACUCUCCAGUGUAUCUACUACCCCCCACCCCAGCUUGGAGUCAUCUACAAACUUGCUGAGGAUGCACUCUAUGCCAUCUUCCAGGUCACUGAACGCAUUGAACAAAGCUGGCUCAGGACUGACCCCUGGAGCACUCCACUUGAUACCACAUUCAGCCAUCCAUUAAUGCACUUUGAGCCUGAUGCUACAGCCAGCUUUCUAUCCACCUUGCAACCCAUUCAUCCAGACCAUAUAUCCUGAGAUUGCCUGUGAGAAUGUUAUGGGCAACCAUAUCAAAAGCCCUGCUAAAAUCAAGAUACACCACAUCCACCAAUCUCCUCGCAUCCACAGAGCCAGUCACCUCAUCAUAGAAGGCAAUCAGGUUCAUCAAGCAUGACCUGCCCUUGGUGGAUCUAUGCUGACUGUUCCUAAUCACCCCUUUCUUACGCAAAUGCUUAAAAAAUGGAUUCCUUUGAGGAUCUGCUCCAUGAUAUCUCCAGGGACUGAAGAGAAGCUGAGUGGUCUGUAGUUCCCUGUAUCCACCUCCUUCCUUUUCUUAAAGAUGGACACUAUAUUUUCCCUUUUCCAAUCCUCUGGGGACAUCUCUGAUUGCCAUGAUUUUUCAACGAUAAUGGCCAGUGGCUCUGCAAUCACAUCAACCAGCUCCCUCAGCAUCUGCCAAUGCAUUUCAUCUGGCCCCAUGGAUUUGUACAUUUCUGACUUCUCUAAAUAAACUUCAACUUUUUCUUUCACCACUGAGGGCUUCUUACCUUGUCCUAAAAAUGCUCUGCCUGGUGUAGUAGUUUGGAAGCUGACCUUGCCUGUGAAGACUGAGGUAAACAAGGGAUUCUCUACUUAUAAAUCAGUGCUCCUGAAUAACUGGGUAUUUCCCUUGAGUAUGAAAGAGGUACUUCUGUCUCCACAUAUUUGUUAUCAUGCGAUCAUCCAUACAAACAUACAACUUGUUUACAAAAGUAGCAUUCAUGGGUUUGAAAUUCCAGAGAUACCUAAUUUUGAACAAUUUUCUUUGUACUGAGAAUAGAACUUGGCAGUUACUUUUUCUUACAAUUUUCAUGGUAAAGAGUACAGAUGUUAUUCUUUUCCUAAAUAUUGACUGUUUCUCAGAGCCAUGUGUUAGAACACAAAAAUUGCUUUAACUCUUUGUGCAGUGCAUACCUGUGUUUCUAGAAAGAUGAGUCUUUUAAAAUUCCCAUGUUUUUUAAAAACUCCGUAGCCUAGAGUAUUAUUUAAAAUAUAAUUUUGCCUCCUAAGGGUGACUGGAUAUGGUAAAAGAUUGGUCUACUAGAUAUUUGAUGCUAGAUCGUUAUAUUUGUUUUACAUUUUUAUAUUGUUCAGUCUCUUGAUUGUGACAAUUAUCAUACUGCCCUGGAGAGUUUUUUUGUACCAGACUGUAGACCUGUUUCAUUUUAAGCCUCCCAUAAUUUGGGUUUCUUUGUAAUCCAUCCAUAUAAUUUUAAAAUGACAUUCCCAGGUCUUGAAGACACACACAUUUUUUUUGUAAAGUAAUUUUCUUCCUUCCAUCUUGUCUGCUUGCCUGUCUGCUUUAACUUACAGUAUUCAUUGUUGUGCAUAGGAUUCAUUAGUAUAUUUUGCAUCCUUGCCUUAAUCCCCUUUGGGGAAUGGAACUCCAGCUGCAAUAGAUUAAAAAGAACAUUGCUUGGUGUGGUAACAUAGUAUUUCCUUUUCUUUGAAAGCUGGAUCCAUAUAGCAGGGAACCCAAUCCGGUCAAAUACUUCUACACAACACUAUCAAAAGCUUUUUCAUGCUUCUAGUGGUGGGAAAAUCAGAGAUUUCUAUUGUUCUGUAAGGAUUCUAGAGUUUGGCUUCAUAGCUGCUUUUCCUUUUUCAUUCCUAAGUGCUGGGGUUAUGUAGCUUGAUGAUAUAUAUUGUAAUAUGUUGAGUAGUCUCUUUCUUUCUUUCAGUUCAAUUUAUAGCCAUACAGAAGGUGAAAGAGGGCUAUUUUUCUUGUCUCAAGUAUAGCCUGCAUGUUAGUGCCUUUCAUACAGAUUUCCAGGACUGGUUAAUGAAAGAACUUUACUAUCAUUUUAAUUGAAUGCCAGGUGUGUUGUAAGUCUUCCAUGUGUUUACCUUCAUCCAUAUUUUCUAGAGGAGUAGUAUGGAACAUUAUCAUUUUAAAAUUAUUUACUCAGUCUGGAUAGGGUUUCUCAUAGGUAAAAUGUCAGAUUCCAGUUCUUAGUAUAAAGAUUUCUUGCUCCUUUUCCUAAGUAUUAAUUCAGCUGGAGCAUGCUCUGACAAUAUAAUCUAUCCUAUAUAUGUACAAGUGUUUGUUGAAAGAUGGAUUAGUGACCACAAUAUACCUUCUUGUGAAUGUUAUAGAGUGGAGAAUAUAAUAAAAAUAAGUCAUAUUCAUGGAAGACUUUAAUCCUAUUCUUGUCAUGUUCUAAAGAAAUCUUACAGUUUUGUAUUUUUCUUGUGUUUAAAAUUCUGAAUGAUGGUAGAAUUACUUAUGUUUUCUUUUCUUUUAUUUGACAGUGUCUAGAAUCAUAGACUAUUCAGUUUGAUGUUUGUGAUGUAAGGUGAUGGUGGGGUGGUGACUUGGAGUAACCCAGUCUUAUUCUUGUUUUGCCAGUUAAACAUUUGAUGAUAAGGAGUCUUCCAGUAAUACCUGUAAUUUGAUCUAUUUUUUUAAAUCUUGUUAUCUUGGAUAAAGGACAAAUGUUCUUUCAAUUCUGGCAGAAGCAUAGCAAUAUCAAAAGUAUUUGCUUUUUGAGAUCAGUACCGAGUUCUUGAUUCUAUCCCAAUCAGUUGCCUGCACUAUUCCACAGUCUUUUAAUAGAAUUACAGCUCCUAUCUAACACAGUUACGUCCACUGUUUUUUAAUAGAGAUACAAUCACUGCCUAAAAACAUGGAACCCCAAUGCAUUUGCAUGAUCAUUUGUUAAUUUAAUAUCAUUAUUGUAUGAAACCACACUAUCUCUGGAUUUUGCAGAAGAAAGGAGUAUUUUAAGAUGUGUGAAAGAAAAUAUAUUCCUAAAGAACCAUAGUGAUAUAGACCUUCUGAAGGUUUUUUGUUGAUUCUGGUGAUUCUUUGACUCUCUGCCAUAUGUUUCCUGCUUCUAACCUACCUUGUUCUACCUAGUUUGACACUUCUGGGUUCAUGUCUUUUAUCUGAGUUUGGGCAUAUCUUAUUAAUUAUUAUAUUUUAAUGAUGACAUUAAUAAAAGUGGUGUCAAAGAGAAAACAAUAGGAAGACAUGAAAUACUAACAAAGAAACAAAUAUGUAAAAAAUUGUUGGUAUAGUUAGGGAAAACACCUUUAUAUUUACACACUUUUCAUAAGGUCAUGAAGAGUUUUAAAAGUUUGGAAUAUUACAGUCAUGUUUUGCAACAAUGGGCUUUGUUGUGAUCUAGAUUUUCCUGUAAAAAUAUGGUAUUCAUCCAUACAAGAAAAUGUGCUUAAGACAAUAAUAAUGAUACUAAUACCUAGCUCAUAGGUGGGACUUCCCAUGAUGAUGAUGGUGGUGAUGAUGAAGGGGAGGAGGGGUUAGUGAUGAGCAAUAUAUAAAAUUCCUGAUUUAAUUUGAAGAUUAAUGGACAGCUCAACAGUUGCUUCCAUCUUUUCUGGUUUUGAAUAGCAUAAUUUAUGUGACCCAUUAUUUCUGUCUGUUUUAUGAUCACUACAAAUGUUUUUGAGAGUGCCCAGUUUAUUUUGUGCUUACAAUGAACCGGGAUGUGUGGAGGAAAAAGAGAAGAAAAGAUGGAUCUUAUACAGAGGGGAGAUGACGUGUGGAAGGGGAAAGAACUGGAAGACAGAAGGAGAGGAGAUACAGGCUAUAUUGUAUUCCUCAUUUGCUGGGUGCCAUGGUUAAGACACCUGUGUUUGAUUGAUGAGUACUCAAAACUAGAGCUAAAGCCAAUGGAAGCCUGUUUAAAAUUUAUAAAGUGCUGUAAAACAUUAAAUUCUUAAAACACA